GCUCGCCUCUCUCGCUCGCUUUGGUUGCUUCACUUUCCUUCGGACGGAUCGCUCGCUUGUUCGCUUCGCUCGUUCCCUCGCACAACUACAGUAGAUGGCAAGUUCAUCGAAGGAAAAGGCAUUUUGGAGCUCGGAAGAUGUAGAAACCUUUUGUAAGUUGUGCAUUGAACAAAUUGAAAAAGGCAAUCGUCCUGCAAGCAAUAAAAGAGAUGGAUGGGUAGUCAUAAUUAGCAAGUUUGAGGAGCUAACAGGAAAAAAGUAUGAUAAGAAUAAAAUGAAGAGUAAGUGGGAUAAUCUCAAGGAAGAAUGGAAAAGAUGGAGGUCAUUGCUUUAUAAUGAAACAGGACUAGGUUGGGAUUCAAGGAAGAAAACCAUUGAUGCGAGUGACGAAUGGUGGGAGAGUAAAAUUCAGGUCAAUCCAAAGUUUAAGGCUUUUAGGAUGAAAGGCAUACAUCCUGAUCUUGGAGAGAAGUUAGAUAUGAUGUUUAGAGAUACAGUUGCUACUGGAGGAGUCACGUGGAAUCCUGGGCAAGGCUUAUGUAUUAAUAAUGAUGUUGAGGUCACACAACCUGGUAUGGAUGAUGUUGCAGGAUCUACUGAUGAAAAUUUGGAGGGUCAUGUAGAUGAAACCAUUGGUGAACCAAUUGGAGCUCAAAGCCGGAAAAGAGCCGCUCAAACUUCAACAAGGCAAGCUCGAGGAAAAAAAGAUAAGAAAUUGAGCACAAGAGAAGAGCUUGGGACGCAAAUUAACAGGCUAGUUGCAGCUGUUGAAAGUAGGAGCAAUGCCACUGCCACAUCUCAAGCAACCACCAAUGUAGUCGGUCCUUACAAGGACCUCAUAGAUAUAUUGGAUACCAUACCUGAGAUUGUGGAAGACGAAAUGUUGUACCAUUUUGCAAUCUCUCAUUUGAAGGAAAAGAUAGACAAUAGACAAGUUUUUAUGAGCUUAAAGGAUGAUGCAAAAAAAGUCAAGUAUCUCAAGUAUGAGUUUGGAAAAGAGUCACGUCUUCAUAGAUAGGAUGUUAGCAUCUUAUUGUUUUCUUGUUUGAAGGGAGUCAUGCUACUUUUAUUCCUGUUUGAAGAGAGUGAUGUUGCUUUGUUUCUGUUGAUGGAUCUUUAUUUGCAUUCCUGUGAACCCAAUUUCUAUUAAUGUUUUAAUGUAAGAAUUGUUUCCAGUUGGUGUUCUCUUUAUGUGAUUAAGUUUGCAUAUAUAUGAUGGUUAUUACAUUGUUUGAUGAUCAA